AUGUCAAAACAAAAUUCUCUUGAUAAAUAUUUUGGGAAAAGAAAAGAAAAUAAUGAUGUCGAUAAAUUAGCAAAUAGGAGUCGUAUUGAAAAUGAAAAUAUCAUUACUCAAUCAAACAUUAUUGCAAAUGACUCCUAUGAUUUAAUCAAUAAUAGCACAACAACUGAUAUUCAAUCCAUUGAAGACAACUCUAUUGCAGUCUUCAGUGGAAUACAUAAUGGUGUUGCAGCUAGAUUCCGUGAUGCACUCAAUAUAGCAAUAUUAUUUAUUUAUUGUCGAGCUCAUUUGUUACAACUAGCUGUAAUUUCUGCUGCUGAAGAUUCAUCUGAUAUUUCUAGAAGCUUAUCUGCACUUAAAUCAUUAGAUAAUUUUAUCAAUAGAUCAUCGGUAAGAUUAAGUUUAUUUGAAAAUAUUCAAGAUAUUUUUAGAAAUCAACAUAUUAAAUUGAUCCAACCCGGUGAUACAAGUUGGCUGUCGAACUCUUUAGCUAUUCGAUCUCUUUUACAAUCUUAUCAAUCAUUAUUAAUAACACUUGAAAGUAUUUAUAAUGAAAAUAAUGAAGAUAGUGAGGAAGCGCAAGGUCUCUACAAUAAUUUAUCAAAUGAAGGAACUGCAUUUAUUCUCCAUGCACUUCAACCAAUAUUAGACACUUUAGCAACGUUAUCAAAAUCUAUUCAAACAAAAGCGGCUGAUUUCAAGCAAUUACAAGGUUUUGUAACAUCAACUCUUCUUCGGGUUGAACAACUUAAAGAUUACUGUUCUGACGAUUACAUUGCUAUAAUAAGAUGUCUCUUUCUAUCAUCGGUAAGAUUAAGUUUAUUUGAAAAUAUUCAAGAUAUUUUUAGAAAUCAACAUAUUAAAUUGAUCCAACCCGGUGAUACACGUUGGCUGUCGAACUCUUUAGCUAUUCGAUCUCUUUUACAAUCUUAUCAAUCAUUAUUAAUAACACUUGAAAAUGUUUAUAAUAAAAACAAUGAAGAUAGUGCGGAAGCACUAGGUCUCUACAAUAUUUUAUCAAAUGAAGGAACUGCAUUUAUUCUCCAUGCACUUCAACCAAUAGUAGACACUUUAGCAACGUUAUCAAAAUCUAUUCAAACAAAAGCGGCUGACUUCAAGCAAUUACAAGAUUUUGUAACAUCAGCUCUCCUUCGGCUGGAACAACUUAAAGAUUACUGUUCUGAUGAUUAUAUUGCUAUAAUUAAAACUAUUCAAAAAUUAUCAUUAACAUCUUCUACAAAUAGAAUUUCAAGAUCAUCAAUAACAAAGGACAAGUGGCAACUAAAUGUCAAUGAAGUUUUUUCUACAAAAGUUCUUCCAUUCAUUGAAAAUGUUAUUAAUAAUAUUCAAGCUCGUUUCGAACAUAGUACUCUGAAUUUACUCAAUUGUUUUACGAUAUUUGAUAUGGAAAAUUUGAACGAUAAUAAGGAUUAUGGUGAUGAAGAAAUACGUUCUAUUCAACAGCAUUAUGCAAAUGACAUUGAUGAAUCAAUUAUUCAUGAAUGGAAAACAUUUCGUACAUAUUUAUUAGCAAAGUAA